CGCGAGAGGAGAGAGAGAGAGAGAGAGGAGGGACGGUGGCUCGCGCCGGCCACGAAGGAGGCGGAGGACGUCGACAGAGCGACCCGAGGAGGCUUGAGGGGAGGAGAAGGAAGGAAGGGAAGGAGGGAGAGAGAGAGUGAAGGAGGCCUCUCGGCGGGAGAUGAGGCGCUCCCCUCCCUUCCUCUGGCCAUGAUGAAGCGGUGGCGGUGGCGGCGGCAGGAGGACUGAGGCGCGGGCGAGGAGGCCGCGCUGACGGAGCGCCGCUUGGGGGGUGUGGGAAGAGCACGACGGCCAUGAUGAUGAAGUGAGCCCGCCGCUCGGCGCUUGGCCUUCCGGAGGAGGAGGAGGAGGAGGAGAAGGCCGCCGCGGAGGAGGAAGCCGAGGCGUGGGGCGCGCGCGGCAGCAUGGCCAAUGACAGCGGUGGGAGUGGCGGCGGCCAAGGCGGCGGCGGGGGAAGCUGCAGCAACGGCAACAACGGCCACGGGUCCAACAGCUGCACCGCCAGCAGCAGCAGCAGUACCAGCGAGCGGGACCGGCAGUACUGCGAGCUGUGCGGGAAGAUGGAAAACCUGCUUCGGUGCGGGCGGUGCCGCAGCUCCUUCUACUGCAGCAAGGAGCACCAGCGCCAGGACUGGAAGAAGCACAAGCUCAUCUGCCGAGGGGGAGGAGGAGGAGGAGGGGAGGCGCCGCCGCACGGGCACACCAACAGCCGCCCCCACGCCGCCGAGGAGGCCAAGAAGGCAGCCAAGCCUCCUCCGCCUCCCCUUCCCCUGCCCCCUCCUCUUCCUCCCCCAAACGGGGAAGGGGACGCUGCGGCCACCAACAACCACGUUGCCAAAGCGGCGCCUGAGGAAGAGGAGGAGGAGGAGGAGAAAGAGAAGGACAAGGAGGAGGAGGUGGCGGCCGCAGCAGCAGCGGCUCCCCCGCCGGCCCGGGAGGCGGGCCUCCUCUACCGGGACAAGUCCAACUUGACGGGCGAGGCGUCGCUGCGGCGCAACGGGCAGAUGAAGUCGCAGGUGCCCCAGCGGCUGGCGCUGGAGUACAUCGUGCCCUGCAUGAACAAGCACGGCAUCUGCGUGGUGGACGAGUUCCUGGGGCCCGAGCUGGGCGGGCGCAUCGAGCAGGAGGUGCGCGCCUUGCACCACACGGGCCGCUUCACCGACGGGCAGCUGGUCAGCCAGAAGAGCGACUCCUCCCGGGACAUCCGCGGAGACAAGAUCACCUGGGUGGAAGGCAAGGAGCCCGGCUGCAAGGCCAUCGGGAAGCUCAUGAACAGCAUGGACGAUCUCAUCCGGCACUGCAAUGGCAAGCUGGGCAACUACAAGAUCAAUGGCAGGACGAAAGCAAUGGUGGCUUGCUAUCCAGGCAAUGGGACAGGAUAUGUGCGUCAUGUCGAUAACCCAAAUGGAGAUGGAAGAUGUGUCACAUGUAUAUAUUACCUUAAUAAGGAUUGGGAUGCCAAGAUAAGUGGAGGUAUUCUUCGAAUAUUCCCAGAAGGCAAAGCCCAGUUUGCUGACAUUGAACCUAAAUUUGAUAGACUGUUGUUUUUCUGGUCUGACCGCCGCAACCCUCAUGAAGUGCAGCCUGCAUUUGCUACAAGGUACGCAAUAACAGUGUGGUAUUUUGAUGCAGAUGAACGAGCCCGCGCAAAAGUAAAAUACUUAACAGGUGAAAAGGGUGUAAGGGUUGAACUCAACAAACCUUCUGAUUCAAAUGGGAAAGACCUUUUAUAAAGCCUUUGAUCUAGCAAUUCCUUGGCUCUUCUCCUCCUGCCCCCAAACAGUCCUUGGCGCUGUCUGUAACUUUUGAAUGUGAAUAUUAAGAUAAAGGAAAAUCAACGCCAAAUCAACACUUGGAAUAAACCAAUCAAUAAAUAAUAAGUUUCAGUGUUGCAUCAAAUGGAUUUUGUAACUGCUGAAGCGUUGUACUACAUGAUUGUGACUCCAGUCCUGUGACUGCUUAUUUGAAGAUAAGCAUUGAGAAGAAACAGCUUACACAUGAAGUGCCCUACAUAGUUUUCUAUUGAUAUUUUGCCAUUCAGUCAUCCGGCUCAAUGUUGUUCAUCUCCCUCUUCUUCUUCUUUUUUUAAAAGAAAAAUGGUAACAUUUGAAUUUUAUUUUUUUGUAUAAACCAAGUUCAACUGAUCAAAAUUGAGCAAAACAAAUAUUAUUCUCCGGAAUACCAUUUAUCUAUUUUUGUAAAUUUGCUGUUCACACUGUUAUCUUACCAUGUAAAACCUAAUUUAAAUAAGAGUUGCCAGUAACUGAUGAUCACUUUGUCUUUUCACUUAAAAUCCCAAAAGGAGCACUUUAAUUACCAUCUGAACCCAACUGUUUUUGUUUUCAUAUCUUACACUAAUUUGAACAUUUUUUAAAAGAUUGCUGCUGUAUUGUGUUCUUUGAAACUUUUAAAAAACUGAAACAGAUGCCUAUCUUGCUGUCAAUUACUUUGUUAAAUUUGUGGUUUUAUAUGUUGAAUGCAGAAAGCAAGUAUUCUGUAUACUGUCUCAUUUGGGUUUUCUAAGUGACUGGCUUGCACUAAGUGAACUUGACGCUAUCUGUACUGUCCUUGGUGUUGAAAACUGUGGGUACAAUCCAUUGGGAAUUUCAUCUGUGAAAGCCACUUGAUAGAAGUAAAAAUCAUUCAGAAACACAGCUGUGCUUUUUUGCAGCUCUUGCUUUUGAUAGGGCUUGUGCAGAUGGAUUAUCAAGUGGAAUAUGCCCAUAAGUACCAUCAAACCCCUCUAACCAAUACAAGGGCUUUUCUAGGCUUUUAGAUGUACCAACAAAUACCCUUUCUACUACCUUGAUGGGAGACCUCUGUUUUGACUCUUUUAAAAAAAGCUUAUUACCUGCCACUGUAGGGCAAUGCAACUUAAAAUCAGAGAUGACAUUUCUCUCAGAGCAGUAGUAUUCCUUCUCAUUUACAGUUGAGCCACUUGAUCUUACAUAGUGUCAAGGCUGUAUUCAGUGCAUUAAUACUGAAGUGCAUCACUACGGCCUUAAUAAUGUAAAGGUUGUCGUACUGCUGAGAAAAUUUAACAUUGGCUUCUGAUCAAUAUGGAGAUGUUUUUAGACACAGGAAAACAAUUACUCACUUUAAGGUGGUGAAGCAAUAACGUUCCCUCAACAAGAUAUUUUGAAAUGUUUGUUUGGGAAGGGAUGGCUGUGUGCUCAAGAAUAACCCCUGAAGGGAAGUUUUCAUUCUACCAGCCUUAGAAACAUGAGCCUCCCUACACAAUAUUUCAUCACCUGCCCCUUGAUUCCCUCAAUUCAAUCAGAACAAUGUGAGUGUACAGAAAUAUUUCUGUAUGUACAACCUGGAACAUUUUUAGCAUCUGUAUAGUUUGUAUUCUUAUUAGAGACCUUUUCUAUGGAAAGUUCAGUAAUUUUUAUUAAAAAAAAAACCUUACUAUUCAUGUAAAACAUGAAAAAGGAGUGUAUUUAGUGACAACUGACAGAAGAGGGAAAUUCAGUAUUGUGAUAGCAUAAUUGGGGAACUUGUGACAAGAUUUCUGGGGUUUUUUUUUUUGUCCCUUCCCUCUCCCCUACAAAAACAAGCUGUCAAAACUUUUUAACAGUUUUUCUCUUCAUCCUGGUAAAUCAGAAGAAAACAUCUCUAUUGUAAGUGCCUCUACAAGCCUGACCAAGGAGUGUAAAUCUUCUUUUCUGUCUGGUCUGCAGUGCAAUGCACUGUUUAGGCCUAAAGAACACCAUUUCUGACUCUUAACUGCUUUUGUAUUUUGUUUAAUAUGUUAGAAAUGCACAACAUACGCCUUUACAUUUUUGUUUGUCCCUCUGUUCAAAGUAUUGAUGUCUUACAUUUGUGCUUGCUGGGGAGAUUUAAACAUGUUUAAAUCUCUCAGUUUGUUAUUUUCAAAAGAUCGCCGAAUUGGGUCUUAUAACAACUGUUUAGAAAACCAUUCAUGUCAGUUUAGUCUCUAGCCUUGGGCAUCACCAAGCAUUAACCUACCAGUUGCAGACUGUUUUUAAACUGUCUUAUGGCCUGUAUGUGUGUUUAGUCCUGGUUAAAGAUAAAGCUUCAUAAUACUAUCUUUAUUUCAUGACAUUAGCCAGCUGUAAAACACAAGACUUUUAUCUAGCAGGCAAAGAAAUUCAGGAUUCAUUUGCAGAUUUCCUAUGAAGUCAUGUAACUUUUGAAAAACAGUGUUCAUUACUGAAAGAGCUCUCAAGUUGCUUGUAAAGCUAACCUAAUUAAAAGAUGUAUAAAGGUUCUUGAAACAA